CGAGAGUCAAGAGCCAUAGAAAGCCAAGGAUGGUUAAAGGACUUAUUCUAGCAGGACUACUGGUCCUGCUCUGUCACGAGGUCGCCGUACAAGCUCAUGUGUUGACUAGACACAACUCGGCCAACAGCAUCAGCAAACUUAAGAGUUUGCUGCAGCAGUUUGAGGAAGCAUUGGCAGCAGAGGAGGGCACCGAAGGAGCCGUGGAUUACGAGGACAGGAGCCAAAGCCAAACUGCUCUAGGCUGGGAAAGAAACAGGGAGGAACAGCCUCCUCCAGGUGAGGAACCCAGUCCUGAAGAAGACCUUGAGGCACAGAAGAAACACCUCAUGGAUCUCCUCCUGUCCACGAGGAGCAAAGGCUUCUCUGGCUGCUUUGGCGGAAGGCUGGACCGCAUCGGCUCCUCCAGCAGCCUCGGGUGCAACUCCAUGAGAGGUUAAACCUCAGACGAGGGCGUCCGUCCAGCUCCGCAAAGAGACUGGAUCUAAUGUGUUGCUGCCUGCAGUUCACGAGAGCAACAUGCUCACAUAUAGUCCAUCAUGGCCCCAUGUCGAAAGAUGGUGAACCUGUCGAGGAUUUGCGUGGAAGUUGCGAAUACAGUUCGUUAAUGAUUACAUUUUACAUUUUAACCUCUUUUGUUUCUCAGUUCUGCCUUAUUUCAUUUAUUUGCUUUUAAGCACAGCUUGUGUCUGCUGAUGCACCUCCAUUUAUUAUUUGGUUGGAAGUUGUGUGAGAGCUAAUGGAUGCCUAAUUGUUUUUUUGUUUUAUUAAGAAUAAUAAUGUAAUAAUUGUGUAUAUUUUAUUCACACUGUGCUCAUGUUUAAAGUUCAGCCCAGUGACUUGAUGACUUUCUGGUGAAGUGGGUAUUUUAUUCUGUCUGGAAAGGUUCUGCUGUAAGAUUCUUCACUGUCUACCUGUAUGUAAAUGUCUUCUUUCCUUUCAUUCGUAAAAGCGGGGAAGGGCAGAGGUCGAUCUGAAGUGUUUUUGAGAGUUGGACUGAUUUGCUUUUGUUCAUCUGCUUUGCUUCAUUUUAAUCAAAGAAUUUUUGACUUUAAUA